AGAGAGAAAAAUGGAUGCAGUCAGAGAAGAAGAAGAGCACGAGGUUGUGAUAGUUGGUGGGGGUAUUGGCGGACUUGCAACGGCCCUUGCUCUUCACAGGAAAGGACUCAGAAGUGUAGUUUAUGAAAGAUCAGAGAGUCUGCGAGCAGAGGGUUCAGCUAUAGGCGUCUUCCGUAAUGGGUGGCGGGCACUUGAUCAGCUUGGUGUUGGAGAUGUGCUCAGAGACAAGGCUAUUCUUGUUCAAGGAGGACAGGACAUAUGGGUUGACGAAGGAAACCAGCAACAGCCAAUACCAUUUCCGGGUGGUGAAGCUCGUUGCUUGAAAAGGAGUGAUCUCAUCAAGGCUCUUGCUGAUGCUUUACCGCCUGAAACUGUACGAUUUGGAUACAAGGUUGUUGCUGUAACAAUGGACCCUAAAAAUAUGUUUCCAACUCUCACACUCAAUAAUGGCAGCUCUAUUAGAGCCAAGGUUCUUAUUGGAUGUGAUGGAUCAAAUUCCGUAGUGGCGGAUUUCCUUGGCAUAAAGCCUACAAGGUUAUUUGCUCUUUGUGCAGUUAGAGGCUUAACGAGUUAUCCAAACGGUCAUGUGUUUUCUCCUGAGCUUGUGCGGAUCAAGAGAGACAGAGUUAUGGUGGGACGAAUUCCUGUAGACAAUAAUUUGGUCUAUUGGUUUGUUACUGUACCAUUGUCUUGGUUAGAUAGAAAAUUUCCAGAUGACCCAGAACUCAUUAGAAAGUUAACCACGAAAAUAACAGAAGGCUUUCCAUCUGAUGCCGUAGAGAUGAUAGAAGGAAGUGAUCUAGACUCAUUGUCCAUCACACACUUGAGAUACCAUGCCCCGUGGGAGAUGCUGGUGGGAAGGUUUCGAAGAGGACCCAUUACAGUAGCUGGAGACGCAAUGCAUGCCAUGGGACCAUUCCUAGGACAGGGUGGUUCCGUAGCCUUGGAAGAUGCAGUGGUUCUUGCAAGGAAUCUGGGAAGGAAGAUUGCUUCUCUCAGUCCAUAUGAAAGAGGAAAAGAAAUCAUGACUGACAAAAUUGGGCAAGCUUUUGAUCAAUAUGUAGAAGAGCGAAGAAUGCGGAUGGUGCGAUUGGCAACACAAGCAUACCUCACUGGUCUCAUCCUGGGGAGCCCGCCAAUGUCAAUUACAAAGUUCAUUGCUGCCAUCAUAAUGGUUAUUCUGUUCCGAGAUCGAAAUGAACAUGCCAAAUUUGAUUGUGGUAAUCUGUAAGACAGAUUAAUUAGACCGCAUUGCUUUGUAUCCAUUUUCAUCUACGACUUGAAUAAAUAUAUGUUGCUCCU